AGUAGCGCUGCAUUGAAUAGGCAGUGCGUGUAGCAUGCUACUUUGUAAGGCAGAUUUGUGAUCAUACAAAACCAACAUGAAGAUUCAGGUGAUUUCAACCCUCUUGAUAGUGGCUCUGGCGCUAGUCACUACCAGCAGCGGCAGCCCCUCACCAGUGUUCUAUGUGCUCGGAAAGGCUACACAUCCAUUAAAAAAACUCUCCAGAGCAAUAUCAGGAUCAGGUGACAGUAGUAGCAGCAGUAGCACUAGCAGCAGUAGCUCUACUGGCACUGGCACUUCUGGCAGCUCUGCCAACGGCAACCCGUUGUCCGCAUUCGUGGACGGAGUUCGAGCCUCCAGGAAGACGUCGGACUCCACAACAUCGACUGCAGCGACGGCUUCUGAUAACAAUGUACGGACGAGGCGAACUGCAAUUGAUUUCAAUUUGUUGUCUAUGAUCGCGAGGCUGAUAGUCCUUAUCAUUCAGAUCGAAGUCAGAAUUUUCCUAAAAAUUUUCAACAUCAGGUUGCCUGACUUCGGAAAUGAUAUUACAGGAUUCUUAAGUGAGCCACUACGGUUACUGCAAACCUUAACCUGAUGUGGAUAAAAGGUUAGCAAUUAUUUAUUGCUAACCUUUUAUUAUCACACCGCUUUUUGACGAUUCCCAAGUUCGUGUAAAAGACAUUGCUUUGCGUCUGCGAUAUUUUAGUAUUUUUUUAGACGUCCUUUAAUGGCGGGUACUUCAUGCUUUGUUUUAUUUUAUUAUGAUAAGCAGGAGAAGAUAUCCUUUUCACGACCUCAGUUUUUGGUUUUUUACAAUUGAAUACUACAACCAGCAAAAAAACAGUCACCAUUAUUUAUUAAUUUGCACAAAUGUAUUAAAUAAAGCCCUGUGUGAGUUAGCGCAAUUGACUUCCGUCUAUGAAAUAUAUUAUUGUUCAGAAAAUAUUAACAUUCUUGCACCAAGGCGUAAAAUUCGAUGUUUAUUAUCGUAAUUUAUGCGGUAAUUUUUUCAGUUCACCUCUUAGGUUUUUGUUGCUUAAUAGAAAGAGUGAGAAACCUAUAAUAUAAAUUGCGAAAAUUUUAGUACUACAUACGGCGCUCCUAAAGAAAUUGUAACCAACACGAAUAUUUUUCUUGCAAGCCUUGUCAGGAAUCCAUUCAUUUUCCUUGGUAUUUAUCGCGCCGCAUUUGCUGGUAGAAUGUACAAGCUAGUGAUUUGAAGGAUCAUUUUUCUAGAGUUUCCCAGAGGAGUGCAUACUUGCUCCUCAGUCCAGUGGCGGCGUGGGAAUGAUUUCCUUAGCUUUCCCAUCGGUAAAUAAUCGAUGACGUGACAGCACAUAAGCAGUGAAGACAUGUUUGCCAUAACGUAUAUUAAAUGUAAAACAGUAAA